AUGGACCAAGGAAAUAACUCAAGAGUGACUGAAUUUGUGUUGCAAAGUCUUUCAGGUUCUCCAGAGCUACAAAUCUUCUAUUUUGCAUUCUUCACACUUUUCUAUAUGUCCAUUGUGCUAGGGAACUUCCUCAUUGUAUUCACAGUUCUCUCUGAACCUGCAUUACACACACCCAUGUACUUCCUGCUCAGCAAUCUCUCCUUCAUUGAUGUGUGUCUAUCCACUUUUGCCACUCCAAAAAUGAUUGCUGACUUCCUCAUGGAAUACAAGACCAUCUCCUUUGAGGGCUGCAUGGCUCAGAUAUUUCUCCUGCAUGCCUUUGGUGUUAGUGAAAUGGUGCUCCUUGUGGCCAUGGCAUAUGACAGGUAUGUAGCCAUAUGUCGACCCCUACACUAUGCAGCCAUCAUGAGUGUACGCAAGUGCAUAGGCCUUGUUGUAGGCUCGUGGCUCGUUGGGAUCGUGCACUCAUUAAGCCAGGUGGCCUAUACAGUAAACCUUCCAUUUUGUGGUCCGAAUAAAGUGGACAGCUAUUUCUGUGACCUUCCCUUGGUUAUUAACCUUGCCUGCAUUGAUACCUACGUUCUUCAGAUAGUGACACUUUUAGACAGUGGUGUAAUAGCUAUGACCUGCUUUCUGCUCUUGCUCAUCUCCUACACAGUCAUCCUGGUCACUGUGCGACGACGGUCAUCAGCGGGCAUGGCCAAGGCCCGGGCCACCCUGAGUGCCCAUAUCACUGUAGUGACCCUCUUCUUUGGGCCCUGCAUCUUCAUCUAUGCUUGGCCUUUCAGCGAUCUCCCAGUGGAUAAGCUUUUUUCAAUAUUCUAUACUGUUUGCACCCCUCUCUUAAAUCCCUUGAUCUACACAUUGAGAAAUAAGGAGGUAAUCUCAGCGAUGCAGAAACUGAGGAGGCGAAAAGUAAGUUCUUAA